AUGAGAUGGACACAGGUAGGCAAGGCCAGCUUUCUCCCUGCCGGGGGCUCCCCCUUGGCGGGGCAGGGGAGCAGAACCACCCCCACGAGGUGCGGGACGGGCGCCAGGAACGGGUUCUGCGGAACACUGGUCCUGCCGGUUCAAGAACUACAGCUCCCGGCAUGCCCCGCGAGAGACAGCNAAGAUUUGCUGAAGCUGCCCUUCACAGACACAGAAAAAGAGUGUUUGGAGAAGUUUUUACAGGCCAAAUCUGGUGUUCAGAACCGUGAAUUCCUCUUAGUCCACCAUCUGCAGCGUGCCAACUACAUCCCAGCACUCCAGCUGAAUCAGUCCAUGAAGGCCAGUCUGACGAAUGAUCGUGAUCCUCGCUUGAGAGAGAGAGCAGUUGCCAGAAAUUCUCUGUUAGACCAAUAUGGCAAGAUCCUUCCCACAGUUCAAAGGAAGCUGGCAGUAGAGCGAGCCAAGCCGUACCGUUUGCCUUCGUCGGUCUUAAGAGAAGUCCCAAGGCCAAAGCCUUUAUCCACAGCAACAAGGCAAGCUAAUGCAGGAAAUGUACAUACAAGAGCAACUUUCAUCAGUAAAGUGUUGUCCAAAAUUGGCGAAGUAUGGUUAGGAAAUGAGCAGAAAACAAAUAUCUCACUAUGUGACAGUCCUAGAACUACAGAGCCAGCAGUCAGUACUCAUCCUCUCCCUGCUGCUGAGUUGCCUGAUGCAUUUCUUGGGACACCUAUUACAAAACUUUCUCAAAAGUGUUCAAGGUUGCUGGAUUUGGUGGUUCGUCCUGUUCCUUCCCGCGCUGAGGCACAGGAGGGGAACUGGCAGUCCCCGUGCAGGGCUUCUACUUCUUCUGUGGCAUCCAGCCCCCUGAGAUCAAAUACACAUCGCUCCAGCUCCCAAAAGAAUCUGCGAAGGGCAUCAGAGUUGAAUUUACUGGAAACUCCUCUUGUGGUCAAGAGAGCUAAAGUUUUGGCCACAUCUUCUGGUUUUCCUGGGUUUACUCCUCAGUCUAUUCUCAGGUCCAGCCUUCGCACUACACCCCUGGCAACUCCCUCUGCAUCCCCUGGACGAUCAGUUACUCCUCCUCUACGAGCAAAGGAACCUAGAAUAUCUUUCAGGGAAGAGAGCUCACAUGCUAAAUGGACUGUCGGGGUGACAGAAGAUGAUAAAGCACUAUUUGGAACUUCAUCUGAGCAUCAUCAUGGUUUGGUGGAGGAUGCUUGGUCUGAAAGUAGAACUAAACCAGCUCUGUUUACUCUGAGCAAUCCUGGGUAUGAUCAUGCUGAAUUACAGGAGUCUUUAGAAAGCAUGCCUGGAGAUGAUUUGGAGAAGGUGGAUGUCAGCAAGGAAAAUAGUAAUUUCUCUGUCAGAUCAGACCAGACUACUUUGGAGUAUCAUGAUGCAAAAUCACCUGGUGAUUUUGAGGAUGAUGUCAUCUUUAUAGCUGCUAAACCAGCUAAUUCUUCCACUGAAGAAACUGUUGAUGUUCAAGAAAUGGAGAAAGAGGAAGAAAGUGAAAUGGUUGAAGAUAAACCUUUCCAAAUGAAACAACUAGAUUCUUCAGGACGAAGAAAAGAAGCUGGAUUUGUGGAAGAAUCAAAUGCUGAAUGUCAUACCCCUCCUGAGCAUAAGCUGGUGUUUAAAGCUUCUGAGGCUGCAACUUCUGGUGCUGGAAAUGAAGGUGAAACAACCUACCAGAAGUCUGAAAUGACUUCUUCAUCAGAAGAAAAAGCUAUACUGGUUGCAACAAACCCACAGCUCGCUGAAUCGCCGGAGGCAGACAGUGAAUCUGUGAUAAGUAUCCUUGACAGUGAGGACAUGGUCAGUACUCCAUCUGAAAAUCGCCUUGAGGGCAAGUGUGUGCAUUUACCUGAAGAACGUAACCCUGAAGCAGCUGAAGAAGUCCCUGUUUCUAACAGUCCACCAAAAACUGAGGAAAUUAAUGUUAUAGAAGAUACCCCAGAACCAGCACCUGAAACAUCACCAUAUAGUGAGCUAGAUCCAUCAAGUGAUCUUCAUUAUAGCUAUGAAAAUAUAGAGCAACAGUUUGCAUGUGAUUUGCCUGAUAACAAAGACAGUGAAUGUGAUGCAGCUGAGGGAGAUGGAGACCUUUUUCUAUCUCAGAGUAAUUUUACCUUAGUUUUGGAAGGAGAAGAAGGGGAAGCAGAGAUGGGAGACCCUACAUCAGUAGAAGCUUCUAAACCAGAUGACACAACAAGAGAAGAAAAACCUGUGACUAAUUUAGGAAAUACUGAAAGCCAGGAACAUGUUACAAACUCAGUGUCCACUGUAACUGGUGAUCAGGAACCUCAAAAUAUUGCAGAGUCACUCCCAUAUGUGCCUGAACCUAUUAAGGUUGCCAUUGCUGAGAACUUACUGGAUGUAAUCAAAGACACGAGAAGUAAAGAAUUUACAUCUGAAGUUGUAGAACAAUCUAUUCAUGAAACCAUAGGUAGAAAGGUAACUAGAUUCCAGAAGGCAAAAACUCCCUUAAUGCCUGUGCUAGAAGCAGAGGGAGAGGAAACCAGCAGACAUCAUUAUGGUAUUGCUCCUAGAACACGCACAAGGGGACAGCUGAAUAGAAGUCUGAGUGUACUGUCAGCAGGCACUCAGCAGCUGCUGAAGACAGACAGCCCAGCUCUGCUUGGACUGUCUCCUCGGAGAAGUACCAGGCGAACAAAAGAAGCAUCUGAGACUCUCAGACUCCAAACAGAGGAAAAUGCUCAAGAGGAGCAAAUACCUGUGACACCUGUUACUCCUAGGAGAGGUAGGAAACCUAAACUGUCCAAUUUAGAAAAAACAGAAAGCAGCCAUUCUGAUGGGCAAACAUUGUCUGACAGUACGGGGCCUGUUACUCCCAGAAGAGGAUUAAGGAGAGCAAAGGAAGCUGCAUCUGAACUCCAAGAACAGGCUAAUGAGGAAACGCCUCUUGCUGAAGGCAGCAUUAUUGCUUCUUUCACUUCCAGAAGGACUAAAGGAGGAAAAAGUUUAGCUGGAAAUCCAGAAACUGGCAAGAUUGACACUGAUCAUAAAGUAAAAACAGCAGUCAGUCCUAGUAGAAGUGCAAGAAAACUGAAAAGCUUUAAUUUACAGUUUACUGAAGAUACUGUCAAGGAUCAACAGGUGCAGCUUAGUGACCAACUCCUUUUACCUGUGCAAAGUAAAAGAGGCAGAAGAAGAAAGAUUAGUUCAUCAGAAGUUUCAGAAAAUUCUGAUCUUGAUGUGUCUAAAUCAUCGCUUCCUCAAACAGAAUUUAAACUUCCUGUCACGCCUAGAAGAAGUGCUAGGAAGGCAGCACAGAACCUCUUGGCAGACCCAGAGUCUACCUCUUCUCAGGAAGACAUACAUUCAGGUGUGAAAGUAGAAGUCCUUGGUACUCCUAAGAGGAGAGCUAGAAGAAUGCCACACGAGAAUCCAGAAAAAAUGGAUACUCAUGAGCAAACUCCUGCAGAGCCAAGUGAGGAGACAACCACACCCAGGACGACAGUAAGGACAGGGCGUCGGGGCAGGAAGAGGAGGUCAAUGUCUGAGGAGACCUCCCAAGGAUCUGGUGGCAGUCCUUUGCUGCUUGAAGACAUAAAUCCCUCAGGACGGGAUCAGACAUCAAGAGCUCUGACAGAUCGUGUUACAAGAACCAGAUCCCGAAGGACUGCCAUCUAUCAGAAAGAGUCUGUUGAGGAAAAUGAGGCUUUCCUUUUCUCUCCUCCUCUGACAAAGCUGACAAAGAAAUUUGAAGCUGGAAAAACAGACCAUCCUGUCCAGUUUAAGGACUUAGACCCGGAUUUGUCUUCUCAAUUUGUCUUUUCACCCCCUCUUUUGAGGUCAAGGAGAAAAAAUGUGUCUAGCAUUUCCCGAAUUGUGAAAGAAGCAGAGCUUCCAGCUAAAGAGGAAGAGGAUACCAAAUCCAUAGAGUCUGGGGGAAAGCAAAAAUUGAAGAGAGGUAGAACUCCAAAAUCAAAAAUGAAGAAAGCAAGCAAAACCAUAAAAGAAGGUUCUUGGUCACCUCCACCAGUCGAAAUAAAAUUCAUCUCUCCUUUUGGAAGUCCAGUGGAUGGAACAAAAACCAAACAGAAAGAAACUACAGAUGCAGCAGGGAAGACCCUAAGAAAGAACAAAAAAAGACUGUCUAAUUUUCCAAAGCCAGUUGUGCGCCGGAAGAUGCUGUAACUGUUUUUUUAAGUUUAUAAUGUACACCACUGUUUGUAAAGUCAUCAAAAUUGUGUGAAUUAGUAAAAAGAAGAAAAAUCAUCUAAUUUGGAAGAGAUAAUUUAUAUAAAUUAUUGUAAAAUUUCAUAAAAAAAUGGUCUUCAGUAAGUAACUCCAUAUGGAGUGUGAUUUCCUCAGUCAAUGCAGUUUUCUAUUUUAUAUUAAGACUUCAUACAUUUAUAUAAUAUGUAAAUACAGCUUAUUUUAGGAAUGUUAAAUAAAAUGUAUACUUCACAAUGUGCUUACUGUCUGAUAGCUUUUUGAGGGAAUACUGGGUUGAAUGACCUGUAUUGCUCAGAACUUUUAAUGUUGGUUUGUGGGAGUUACAGACUCUCAAAAGUGAUUCCGAAAUUUUUUUAAAGGUUUGUUUAGAAUUCCUAUAACAAGUAAACAUUUUAAACAUACUAGUUUUAAUUUUAAAAUUAUGUUUGACCUUCUGGCACAAGUAAUUGGACUUACAAUACAAACUGGUAAUUCCUUAUGUUCAUGGUUAAGUUGUACUGUAUUGAAGUCAGAAUGUAAACAAUUGUGUUUUAAGCUGUGCAAUAUUUUUUUUUUGUAUUUGUCUUAAACUUUGGGAAAGCUGCUCUUUAGUUCAUAAAACCAGAUCACACCUCAGAUGUGACAUUACUUCUUAAAAUUUGUUGUCAGCAAAAAGUUAACUGUACAGAUGGUGUGAUGCUUACAAUAGCAUAUCAGAUUUAAAGGGAUACUACCCAGAUACUUUGAAAUUUGAGACAAAAUUAUUUUCGUAAUACGACUGCUUCUAUAAUUGAAAUACUUGUUGUCUGUAAACAUGCUUCACAGUAUUUGAAACCUGCAUAUUACAGCACUGAAAACCUGAUGGUAAAACCUAUAUAAUAGUCUGAAAAAGGUACAAAAAUGUACAGAAAUCUCAGUUACAAACCAUAUUUUUGAAUAAUUAUUUCAUUAACAGUCUUGGGUUAAGGAGUAUAUGUCCCUAUAAAGUUUCAAUUUGUAUAAUAAAGUGACAAACCUAUUCUUUUAAAAGCAGACAUGGAAGUACUAUUUUGAUGUGCAGUCUUUUAGACAAUGGAUUAUUUUUCUGUAUGUUAAUUUAUAUAUGGAUGCAACUUUGAAGACUACAGAAUGGUGGAACCUGAUAUUAAACUUUUCAAUUAGUAAAAACUACAGUUAUUUUAAGACAUAAAUUAUUUAUUAGCUAAUAGCUUGUACAUAGUGAAUGAAUGUAUUAAUAACAGACUGAGCUUGUGAAAGAAGAUUGUUCUGGGGCCAUGAUUUUUCUGUCUCAGAACUGAUCAUGAUAGAGAAGCAAUUGCAUGCAUUUGAAUAUUCAUUUUUCUCCUUGGGAAAGUAUUCAUGACUGAAUGAAAGCUUGAAAAAAAAAAAAAGUCAAAUGUUUAAAAUGUGAAAGUGGCAGUAAAUUGAGACCUGUGA